AUGUGGCGCGCAGUGGCAGCGGGGCUGAGGGCCACCUGCGCGAUCGUCGACGAGCGCGCGUCGCGCACACAGCACCCACGCGGUCAGGCAGGAGGCGUGCUAGCGAGCGAUGAGGAGCGUGCAGUGGGCGCCAGCGCGCCUGAGCGGGCGGAGCGGAGCGGGGCGGAGCGGAGCUGCCGGCUUUUGGCGGCGAGAGGGAAGGCCGGCGGGGCGGCCCUCGUCGGCGCCCGCCACCGGCGCAAGCCGCCUGCCCGGCUGGCCAGCGCAGGCGCAGCGCAGCGCACCGGCCCGGCCAGCCAGAGCGCGCGAGGAGGUCAGUGCGGCGCGACGGCCGCGCGCGAGGAACAGCUCGCUCACGGCACGCGCCGAGGGAGCGGGCGGGCGACCGACAGGCCCGCGGCGGGACACAGCCGAGUCUCAAUGCACCAUCGGCGCGGGCCGGGGCGACGCCGCGGCGUCGGCGGCCACGGUGGCGGGGGCGCUCCUGCUGGCGCGGCGCUGGCUCGGCGCGCGCCGCGCCCGCGCGUGCCGCUCGACGUGUUCCAGCACCACCACGGCGGCGGAGGGCGGCACCCCGUGCGGCCCCCGCCGCCCCGACACAAGGACGCGGCGCCCAGGCGGCGCUGUCCGACGCGCUGGCGCGCCACGCCGCCCCCGCCCCCGCCGACGGACAGCCCACCGUGCUCUACCAAGUCGGGGCAUGAACGCUCCCCGGCAGCGCAUAGAGGGGCAACGCACGUCAACACGGCAGCCGCGGCGACGCUGGGCGAGGAGGAGGAGCUGCGGCGGCCACCUGCCGACGGCGGCGACCAGAAGCGCCCGCAGCGCAAGGCGAGCCCCGCACACGUGCAGCGGGCGGGGUCACGCGAGAGGGCGACGCCAGGCGAAGAGCAAGAUGAUGGCCCUCUUGCAUUUUGCGAGCGAGCAAUCAAGGAAAUGCCUUGCGAGACUGAAGCUUCUCCACCUGCCUUCGCCAACGUGCCGGGUAUUUGGGGCUUCGUCGGCGACCUCGCCUGCGCGCGUUGGGAGCGUGGAGAAGCAGUGCGCGCAGCGCUGCUCUUCCAGAAGGUUCUCGUGACGCCGCCGGCGAGGAGCGGUCGCCGCUUUUCGCCGGCUCCUCACAACAAUUCGGUCCACUUCGGCUUCGUUCGCGCCGCCCCUCGCGCACACCGACCUGUCAAUUCUCCUCCGCACUCUCUUCCGAGAUGCCGAGCAUACGAUUACCAAGGACCGGGCACACCUCUCUACUUACUUCGCAUCAUCGAUUAUUUUAAUGGACUGCAAUAA